CGUAUGUGGUAUAAACACUAACACUCCCCUGCUGCUCUGAGCUAACAGACUGGGCUAACAUGAGCUAACAGCAGCUACAGUCAGCAGCAGGUUAAAGUCACUUUGACUCGUCUCUAAUCUUUCUGAUUCAUGGGGUCAAAGGUCGUCUUGUAGACUUGUUGACAUGCUGUGUUCACAGUUCUCCUGUGCUGAAUGUCUGAUCGUUCAUAAUAAAAGAAUAAACCGUGAAGCAGCAGAGGAAUGUCGGGCAGCUCCUUCGUCUCUAACGUGAAUAAAUAGAAACUCUUUAAAAGGCUCGGAUCUUCGGCAGCAGUUGUUUCGGCCUCCAGAGAACUCGACUUUUACCAAACGUGUUGUCCAUGUAAGGGGAUCUCUGCCGGGCCGGGGGUCCUGCUCCGGUCCCGCCUUGUCCCCGUGGACUGUCCUCUUCAUCAGGCCGUCAUCACAUGGCAGACAGCUGCUGUAUUUAAAGCCUGAAACACACCAGACGGACCACGGCGAGACAGAGGAGCAGCAGGACACCAUGGCGAGCAGGAAGACAAAGAAGAAGGAAGGAGGUGCCAAACGAGCUCAGAGAGCCUCGUCCAACGUCUUCUCCAUGUUUGAACAGACUCAGAUUCAAGAGUUCAAAGAGGCGUUCACACUCAUCGACCAGAACCGGGACGGAUUCAUCGACAAAGAGGACCUGAAGGACACGUACGCCUCUCUGGGUAAACUCAACGUGAAGGACAACGAACUGGAAGACAUGUUGAAGGAAGCAACAGGUCCGAUCAACUUCACCAUGUUCCUCAACCUGUUUGGAGAAAAGCUGCACGGGACAGACCCUGAGGACACCAUCUUAAACGCUUUCAAACUGUUCGACCCCGACGCCAAAGGCUUCGUUCACAAAGACGAAUUACAGAAAGUUCUGAUGACACAAGCAGACAAGUUCACAGCCGAGGAGGUGAAGCAGAUGUUCCAGUCGUCCAACAUCGACGCUGCUGGAAACCUGGAUUAUAAAUCUCUGUGUUACAUCAUCACACACGGGGAGGAACAGGAGGAAUAAUGUGUCAGUGAACGCAUCAUGACAUCACGUUGGUCUUUAAAUAAAACAGAAACAUUCACGUAAAACCUCGUCUGGAUUCAUCCAUUUUCAGCCGUGUUGGUCACUGAUGAACUCCGACCUCUGCUGUAGCGCCACCGUGAGGUUCAAACAUGAACUUCAUACAACGAAUGAGUUCAGAGUUUCU